UCACACUGCAUUUUUCCAUAUCUUUCCCAACACAAAAGUUUGUACUUUCCCUAUAAAAUUCUUAUGUGCGUAGAUAAGGGAAGUUAAACAAAAAAUAAAUUCACAACAAUUGCACUCAAAAUAUUUAUUUAAAAAAAUCCCAUUAUAAUAUAUUUAAUAAAAGUUUAUUGCAAAAAUGGCAACAAUGGAACGACCUAAAGUUCAGAAGAAGAAAAAAACUAAAAAACCUACACAAAAAGAAGAAAAAUUACUAACAGAUUCGGAAGAAGAAGAUGGAAUCGCUUCCACAUCGACGUCAGUAAAAAAAACAUUAAACUCAAAUGUCCAAUCGUUAGAUAUAGAUUUCCCAACAACAAAAUGCGAUGAUAUUGUUAGUCAUGAAUGUUUUGUCUCAACGAACUUUCAACCUUUUGAUAAGAUAUCUUUAGACGAUGAAGAUUUGUUAAGUGAUGAUGAUGAAAAACCAAAAGAAGAAGAAGAAAGAUUUUCCACUCCAACUCUGGAAGAACAAGUUCAAGAAGAACCAUCUGAAAUAAGUAAUCCCAUGGAUAUUCCAUGUGCUCCAUUAUUAGACGAACAAAAUGUUCUUCACUCGGGAACACCUCAGCCAUGGACACAUAAUUUUGAGGAGCCAACAGCUCCAUCUCUUGGUGAAUCCAAAACUGCCACACAAUUUGACUUUAAACCUGUUGCCAGUGUCAAAUAUCCAGAUUUGGCGAGUAUGACUCGCAACGAGACUCAAACUGAAGUCUUCUAUCAAACUUAUAAACCCAGUUCGUCUGCAUCGGCGAUAAGUCGUCUUAAACCCUUUACAACAGAACAAUUGCGAGAAAUUUAUUACUGUCAAGAUAUCGAAAUGGUUAAACAAUUUGAAUUGGAAUUCUUGAUGAAUUCUUUGCUCGAGAAUACUGAAAGUGAUCCAUUUUAUGUUUUACUUUUAAAGUAUUUUAAUUUGCAAGGGAAACUUGUUAUAAAUAAGAGUGAUUUGGCUGACAAGAUGAAACGAUUUGACGAAGCUAAGAGUGAUGUUUGGACUAAGAUUCAGAGAACUGCUAAAGGUAGUGCCAUGUGUGGCGAUGGUAAUGCUGUUUAUCAUACAAAGACUUAUGAAGUUGUGGUAAUAAGUGAGACACAAUUGGCAUUGGCAGUGGAUGCAUUAAAUCAAAUGAAUCAACUGUUAUGCUAUUCGUAUACAGUUAAUUUGGUUGAAGCUAAUUUGACAAAGAUUAAAAUUGAUAAAAUCAUAGAUGAAAUAAUGUCCUAUCACUCUGUUCGACACAUAACAAAUGAUUCACCAAUAUCAUUGAAUAAAAGUUUAAAUCCAGAAUCCCUACAUUGUAUUAAUCGUCUGCGGCGAGCAAUAACAAUAUUAUUUAGUUUCAUACGCAAACCAAGUCCUAAUUCGACAUUUACAAAAAGCAUCAAACAAUGGCUCAAUAAACUAAUCUCAUUGCAUAUUCGAAUUGCUACAAGAGAAGAUCAUUGGUUCCUAUUAUUUCACGUUUUGCGCUGUCCCAAUGGUGUUGGCAAUUGGGCCAAAUCAUUUAUACAACUGCCAUUAACAGAUAGCACAACAAAUAACGAGCACAUAACUUUAUCGAGUGCUGAAAUAAAUCAUUGUAUAGCAAUUCUUCAUAUCCUUUUGCUGCCAAUUAAGAAGCGUAAUGAUUUCCUCAAAGCCUUCUCACAGUCCCACAAGGAAAUUUCGGAUCCUGUUAAAGAGGAUAUGUGGAUAUUAAUUGAAUCAGAUGGUGAAGAAGGUACAACAUCAAAAGGUGAAUGUAUUGGAUUGAGAGAAAGUGAUCUGAUUGCUUUGCUUGAUCAAAUGCCAUUCGAAAUGUUAUUUUGUUAUGCUCUUAAUGUUGAAAAAACUUCAAAUAAUUACAUUCUCGAAGCUGACCUCAUUACUGGCAAUCAAGUGUUGAAAGUUAUUGCUUUCUGUUCGACACUUAUAGAAAUUUUCGGUGAAGGAAUGUUAACAUACAAUAGAGAACGAUAUAAGCAACUAGCAAAACGACUAGGUCGAAUCAUAAGACAUAUUUUGCAAUAUGUAUCAGAUUACCAUGAAUUGUUUAUACGAAACAAUUUAUCCAAAGAUCCAUAUUUAUGUGAAAGAAUCAACGUAGAAUUAAAUUCACUGCUAAUUAAAGCUUGCAGUUAUAUUUAUCGAACACGAAACCUGGCUACAUGGCAAUAUUUCUCUUCACUUCCAUACAACAGUUUAGAUGCUUCGACAGUUUGGCAAUUGUUUUUUUAUUUAAAUGUUGGAUUUCCCACACAAUUUCCAGCUCCUCAUGAAGAUUAUAUCGCUCGAUAUCAUUCUACAGAUUUUUGGAAUUAUUUUAAUGGAGCAAAUGCUGAUUCAUCAGCUGAAGAUAUGUAUUAUUUGCUGCAGACAUUUUUUGAAAUGGCAAAUGAACGAGAUAGAGUGAAGGAUUGGCAGCUGAUACAGGCUAUUUGCUUGCAUAUAUUUGAUAUUGGAUUCAUCAAUGAAAAAACUCGUGACAUUUGCUACAAAACCUCGCGAGAUAUGCUUGUAAACCUAACACUCGCGUAUAACGAUCUAAUGUCUAGCUUAUUGCUACAAUUGAAGAUAAGAUUUGAAGAAAUUGAAAACGCUGCCUAUCUCUUUCAAUCAUUACCACUUGAAAACUGGAAACCAGAAAUGGAUAGUUUUGAAACUCUUUCCAGUUGGUUGUUGCACUUUGAUUACACUACCAAAGAAAAUACAAUUGCUCGAAUUAUUGUGAGCCAUCUUAAUUGGGGUUUCGAUUGUGAUGGUCGUCUUUAUCUGCCCCAUAACAUUCAUGUACGUAUGGCAUGUCUGGUAUCGGAAGCUCUAACAAAACAUGCCCCAGAAGUUGUUGGUCAAUCUGGAGUCUCUGAAAGUGUUCGACAAGUUUCAAAUUUGGAAUCGCAAUCGACAAAAGAACAAUUCACUACAUGGUGUUGGAGUAUGGUUUCGGUGCUGAGAUUACAUCUAAUGGAUCAGAGUGUAGAUUCAAUAAGGAAUACUUUGCAAAAUCCCACCGAACCAUUAAUGUUUAUUCCGGAUUUGGAAAAGAUUGAAGUAAUUUAUCAAGGGGUCACAGAAAACCGUCCACUUUCGAUGUAUGUGGCGAUACUUGUAAGUCUGUGGGGUCACUCAGUUCCAUUGAUUUGUCAGAAAGGAUUUGAACAGAUGAAGCUUCUUAUCACGGAUUAUAGACAUGCUACUGUGAUUCGAUGUAUGGAAUUGAUUACACCUUUAUUCAUGGAAACCCCUGAAACUCUAGCCAAAUGUGAAAGUUUUCAGACAAUAUUAGUUCAAUUAUUAAAUGCAGAUAAAACCUACUUGAAAAUGGCAAAAGAAAUGCUUUUCUCGUCAUCAAUUGGACCUGUUUUAAAAUUAUUAGAUAAUAUGAUUCAGCAUCAAAUCAUCAGUUAUUAUAAUUUUGGACUGACAACUCCAUUGAUGUUGGUUAAUACAUGGCUACAUGCUUUGACUAAUGUUCCAAAUUGGCAAAAUACAAUGGUUUUGUUUUUAAUUGAUAAAAUUCUAUGUGUUGCAUAUCAAUUUCCUGAUGUAUGGAUGGCUUCAAAAGAGUAUUUUAGAACCUACUAUAAGGACUGUGAUGAAUGGAAAGGUCAAAAAAUGUCAACUUUAAAAUUGAUUUUGGGUGCAUCAAAUCAAUCACGUGUACCAAAUCUAAUUGCCACAAACUACGGCUGGUUUGCUCUGUUAUUACUUGACGUCGAAUUUGAUUUGCAAGACAGUAAAAUUUGGCCUGAAUUCUUGAGACAACUUUCUGUUGCUAAAAAUGACAACAAAAUUAAUAUCGAUAAUAUUUUAAAGAAAACAUCUUCAAUUGUAAAAUUCUCAACUUUUCCGGCACAAAAUCUUGUUAUUUACAAGUACGCUAAUCUAAUAUCAACAAUUGAAUUCAAUCAUCCAGCAUUGCCUUUGCUUGUGCAACAGUUUUUUGUUCUCUUUCUUGCAAGAGUUCCUUUGCAUCCAGAUGAGGAAAGAUUUCAAUGUACUUAUGGAGUAUCCGACAAACUUUAUGAAUUUAAUGUAAGCCUAAUGAAGAAAAUCAAAGCUAAUCUUAAAGCGGCAGAAAAUUUCUAUACAGAAAAAGUAUCCGAAGACCAUGAUUUAACAUACUUCUACACCAACUGUAGCAAAAUAAUGAAAACCUAUUCUCUAUGGCUUGAAGAGACAACAAUCAAUAAAAUUUCAAAGGAUCAACAAAGUUUCCCUCCGCAAUAUAAUCCUGAAAAACUUCAAGAAAUUUUAACUGGUAGCACGCAACAUUGGACUGAAUUAGUUUUUCUACCCAAAAUAAGAAAAGCCCAAGGAAUCCAAUCAGAGAAAUGGUGUAAAAAGAUUCAUCGAACUAAAUCAACAAAACAAUUGCGUAAUGCUCUUCAACCCAAACCAAGAACAACGCCGCUUGAAAGAAUAAAAACUCAUCUCAAAUCUUAUGACAAACGUUUACCUGGACCUCCAUUGGAUGCAUCGCCAAAUAUAAUUCCAUCACAACAACGAAUCAAUAAAGAAGCUCUUAAUCAAUUAAGAAGUCAUUUAAAAUGUCUUGAUAGUGCGGCAAAAAAAUUCAAUCUGGAAACAUGUGAAUUAAAUGUUCUUACUCAACAUUUCAAAGAGUUAACAAUGAAUCAGUAUACAAAUCUAUCAGCCCAUGAAACAAGAGACGUUGCAUGUUCAACGAUACUUAAUAAAUUUGAAUGCAAAAGCCCGGGAAGAGUUAAAUUAGAAUAUCAAAUACCAACAAAACAAACUACGGUCGAAAGACAAAUCAUGUCAAAUUCAGACCGAUAUUCAAAAUUGCUUCAAGAUGUAUUAAAUCAAAAUGUGGAACAAUUGGCUUUAUCUAUUGAUAAAAUGGAAACUUUAAUCAGAUUUAUGGUUGCCUCGCAAGUUGAAUCUGGUUGUGUGCGUCAGUACUCCAAAGAUGUAACAACAGUUGGUAUACAAUUUUUCUAUGAUGUAGUAAGGGCUAUGAAUGAAGUGAUGAUAAAAUUCCCGCCUUGUAAUGAUUUGUGCAAUAAUUUUCUAACCGAGUUAGGAGUAUUUAUCCAAGAUAACCAUGAGAGUGAAGGACUUCGAAUUCUAGAAUUAGCUCUCAAACGUCCGGAUUUAUUAAAAAUCAUAUCAAACUUAUUUGUACCAUAUCGAACUGGUCCAAAAUAUUUCAUUCCCAUGUACAAGUUUUUAAUUGAUUCCCAUUUGAAACGCUGUGAUAAAAAAAUACUAUUUGUUCUUCUUUCAAAGUUUGAUUUCCCUAGCUGGCUUGAAUCAUAUCAUCCAAAAUUAUCCGACAUCAAUCAGUUACUCAAAUUGGUUCUCUUUGGAUUGGAAAGUUGGAAUCAAUCAGAUGCUGAAAUUCUUCAAGAUCAAUUUCGUCGUCAUUUAUUGUACAUUUUCGAUCAUGAAUUCCCUGAGCAUUAUGGUGAAGUUGUUCAAUUGGUAUUAGAUGGAAUCUCUGAACAAAAACUUAUGCCAGUUGUUCUAUUGGAUCUAUUGAAUUCGUUGCUCAAACAAUUUAAUUGUGAUCAAUUAAGUUUGGAUAGUUCGGAUGAAAAAGUCAAAUCUAUUUCGGCGGAAUUUUCUCGCCGGCAAAAUUUAUUCAAUCUCAAAGGGGCAACAGAUACAGUAAAGUUAUUUGCAACACAUUUCCAAAAAGAAAGACUUCACAAUGGUCUUCACGGAUUGUAUCCCAAACACAAGGAAUAUUGUAAGCCACUUGCAAUGUGGUUCUCUUGUUUCAGUCAUGUAGUUGUUAGUACGGCAAUUGUUGGAUAUCCUGGAUUGUUAGCUGAUCAAAUAAGCGAUUGUAUCUUUGCCACGCUCAUUGAAAUGUACGUACCUUGGCUAAUUGCGUAUACGGAUCAACAAAUUCAGCAAUCAUCUCCCAAUUGGAUACGACAACUUGUAGCUAAUGACAAAGUACUUUACCCUUGGAGUUCAGUGCAUGGAGAAACCAGUAUAAUCAUAAUUAAUUCAUUCAUCAAUUCCAUUCUCUUUGUUUUGGAAAGUCUUCCAGUAUCCCAAUCAAUUCUUGGUCACACAUUUAGUUUCUAUAUUCAUCAUUAUGCUGUGGAAAAAAUGGAAUUACAUAUUCGAAAGCCCAUACACAAUGGAAUUAUCAAAUUACCAUGGGAAUUGUUUAAGCCUCUUCCCAAUCAUAUCAAUCUUUUAUUUGAUAGUUUGAAAGUGUAUGCACCCGAGUCACAUGCCUUACUUGGUUAUAUUUUCCUUCGAAUCGAUUGGAAUUCAUGGAUGAAGGAAAUUUUCUCAAACUGGCCACCAGCUGUUCAAACACAAAUAGCAUCCCGCUUACUAACAAUCUUCGUCAAGAUUUCAUUCGAACCAAAUAUUCAUCUACAUACAAGUACGAGUAAGAUUUUAGAAGAUGCUAUUGCUUAUCCAUGGUUCAUGGUUGAAUAUCAAGAAUUGGAGAAUCUCUUCAAAUGGGUCAUAGAGACAGUAGAACCUUCUAUUCUUUUGAAGCUUCCAUCUGAAAGUAACUACGCAGAUAGAGCAGCUUUAGAUCUUUUGAGCGUUUCAUCAGCAAUGAUGCCCGAAAGAGCUGCACCCGGUUCAAUAACUCAUGCUACUGCCAAACGUAUUCUUUAUGCCAGAUCAAAUGUAAGAUUACUUCGAAUGUGCGCUGCUAAAUAUAAUAAACUUAUUGCCACAAAAGACGGAUUUAAAGCAUUCUCAACAGCUUUACAAGAACUUAUGGAUAUUAUGGAACGAACUGUUUCGACUGUUUGUACAACGAAAGAAGAACGUGAUCAGGAAGCGUUAAAUCUUAUGAUAGAGAUUAUCGUUUCAAUGCAAACACAAAGUCAAGAAACUUCAAAGUUUUUUAUUGACAUACUAAUUGAUUGGCAAUCAAAAUGUAAACCUGGAAGUGCAUUAUUGUGUCAGACGUUAAAUGCCUUUGGACAUUCUAAAGCAUUCAUUGCUGGCAUAUAUAUUUUGUUGGAGGCAACAAUUGUUAACUAUUUUCGAGUUUCAGAUGACAACAAAGAGAAUCACCAUCCUUCCUGGAUUUCAUUAUUAAAAUCUCUUCAAACUUCCUACGACAAAUUGGAAGUUAUGCCUUUUCUGCGAGGUCAACACUUUAUGUCAUUGCAUGCCUACAUAAUCUACAAAAUGGAAACGCUUUCUAAUGCUGGAGAAAAAAUUACCUUCCUACAGGACUUGAGUCAACUCUUGGAGCAUGUCAAAACAAAUGUUUCCACUGAACCUCGAAUGGCUAUUGUGUGGGGUGCAAUUAUAUCAAGUGGCUGCAAAAUCUUAUCGGAAUCAGAAAAUGCAAAGAAGCCACUUUUAAUGCUUGCAAGGCAUUUUCAUGUUCUUUCAACACAAACUGAAGGCUGGGGUGAUGGUUUAUUGGGUGUGAUUGGUUUUAAAAAAGAUAGCAUAAGCAAUCGGCGAAAAGUCCUGACAAGAUGUAUUUCAUGCAUUAUUUUCUCUCUUUUCCCUGAUACAAGCUCUGACACAACAUUACCAAAUCAAGAAUUCAUUCGUUCAUUUAACGAAAUGAAAAUGCUUAUUGCUAAUAAGAAAUUCAACGAUGUUAAGAUGCUGAUUGUCAAGGCUAUCGAACUUAUUGACGAUAACAAAUUUACAGAAGUUGAAAAUGUGCCUGAACUGAUUUACCGAGUAAUUCGAUUGUUUUAUAGUGAUACAUUUUUAGAAACCGUUCCCGAGGUUUGGAGUUUUGAAUUUAAAUGGCCUUAAGUUUUUUGUUUGUUUUAAUUUUUUUUUUGUUUAGAUUUUAAUUUUUAAUGUGUCUGCUCUAAGUGGUUUAUAUUUUUAAGUUUCAUAAAACUGAAUUAGUCAUAUUGAUAGUAACAAAAAAAAAAAAAAGAUUUAUAUUAUAUUUUUUCCAUUACAAAAAUAAAAUUAAAUAUAUGUAUGUUGUCUCUUGUA